ACCACUUUGAAUUCCCCACCCCUUUCAAAAUCUUCAUGAGCACAAAUUGGCUCGGAAGUCAUAGCAUCUCCGGUGGCGGUUCAGCAAACUUUCCGGCAAAAAGGUGGCCAUUAUACCUCUCCAAGUGGAGGAGGAAUAGGAUGGUAUAAGUGCAAGGAUAUUUGAGAAUGUGCUAAGAGCAUCAGUACGAGCACAUCAAUCAGACACUUUCUUUUCCGUCCCCAAACCAUAUAUAAUGUCGUCGAGGGCUUCCAUGGAACACUCACAAGUGAUAGAAGAAGAAGAAGGACCUCUUACUUCUUGUCUCUUAGCUCAUCAACUUAAGAAGCAGAGAGAGAAGAUGGUGAAGUUCUCUAAGCAAUUCGAGGCGCAACUAGUCCCCGAAUGGAAAGAUGCAUUUGUAGAUUACUGGCAACUCAAGAAGGAUCUCAAAAAAAUCCAUCUCCUUAAUAUUAACAACAACACACCUACUCAUCAUAGCUCUUUAUCUAACACUCUCUUCACAUCUAUAAAGAAGUUCUCUCUAUUUGGCCAUCAACACAGAGAACAUGAACUCAUACAUGUUCACAAGAAGCUUGCCUCAUCAGCAAGCAAGGGGGACUUUUACGAGACAGAAUUGUUCGAGCAACUUGCUGAUACUGAUGCUGCGAAAGAGUUUUUCGCAUGCUUGGACCUUCAACUCAACAAGGUGAAUCAGUUCUACCAGAAAAAGGAGAAAGAGUUCAUGGAGAGAGGGGAGUCCUUGAGGAAGCAGAUGGAUAUACUCAUUGAACUCAAAACUGCUUUCAAGCAACAGCGCGCCAAAGGUGGUGCAUCUGCUCAGGACUCGAAGGAGGAAGCCUCUAUCCCCUGCACCUUCUCAUCUGAAGAGGACUCUGUGAAGGACAAAACAGAACUUGAACUGCUGCAAGAAACAGAUGAAUUGGAGAAAAAUGAUGAAGUAGCCUACACAGAAGUCCCAUCAUCAGGCGAAUUAGUGAAACCAGUGAGAAUGAAAAGUGAGGAUAUUGGGAAGCAACUGAGGAGUGUAUCAAGCCGUUCUUUCAACUGCCAAGGGAAGAACUUAAAGAUUAACAUUCCUCUGACUACACCGUCGCGUACCUUCUCGGCAAUCAGUUAUUUAGUUUGGGAGGAUCUUGUUAAUCAGUCCUCAAAGAAAUGCACUUCAGAAGGCAUGAGUAAGCUGCACGUCAACAAAACUAAGUUGCAUCAUGCAGAUAAGAUGAUCAGAGGAGCUUUUGUUGAGCUGUACAAAGGUUUGGGAUAUCUCAAAACUUACAGGAACUUGAACAUGCUUGCUUUUAUAAAGAUUUUAAAGAAGUUUGACAAGGCGACUGGAAAACAAGUUCUUCCAAUCUAUCUAAAGGUUGUAGAGAGUUCCUAUUUCAACAGCUCAGAUAAGGUAAUGAAUCUAGCAGAUGAAGUUGAGGAGCUGUUUAUCAAACACUUUGCUGAAGAAGACCGAAGAAAGGCCAUGAAAUACCUUAAACCACAUCAUCGCAAAGAAUCACACUCUGUAACAUUCUUUAUUGGUCUGUUUACGGGGUGUUUUAUUGCACUCUUUGCUGGAUAUGUCAUUAUGGCUCAUAUUACUGGGUUGUACAGAAGGCAACCAAAUUCGAUAUACAUGGAAACUGCCUACCCUAUACUCAGCAUGUUCAGCCUACUGUUUCUACACUUCUUCCUGUAUGGCUGUAACAUUUUUGCGUGGAGAAAGGCUCGUAUAAAUUACAGCUUCAUCUUUGAACUAUCCCCAACAAUUGAGCUGAAGUACAGAGAUGUUUUCUUGAUAUGUACCACAUCAAUGAGUGUCGUGGUUGGGGUCAUGUUUCUUCAUUUGUUCUUGCUAACAAAAGGAUAUUCAUACACCCAAGUUCAAGCAAUCCCCGGUCUUCUACUGCUGAUGUUUCUACUACUACUUGUGUGCCCCUUCAACAUCAUCUACAAAUCAAGCCGUUGUCGUCUUCUUCGUGUGAUAAGAAAUAUCAUUUUGUCACCUCUAUACAAGGUUGUCAUGCUAGACUUCUUCAUGGCAGACCAACUUUGUAGUCAGGUUCCGAUGCUUAGAAACCUCGAGUAUGUGGCAUGCUACUACAUAACUGGAAGCUACAAAACUCAGGACUAUGGCUAUUGCAUGAGGGCCACGCAUUACCGUGAUCUUGCUUAUGCUGUGUCCUUCCUGCCCUAUUACUGGAGAGCUAUGCAGUGUGCUAGGAGGUGGUUUGAUGAGGGAGAGACGAGCCACCUCCUCAAUCUCGGCAAAUAUGUGUCUGCAAUGCUAGCGGCAGGAGCUAAAGUGGCUUAUGAGAAGGAAAAGGGUGAUGGAUGGCUCUGUCUGGUUGUGAUCAUGUCAACUUUUGCGACAGUGUACCAAUUGUAUUGGGACUUUGUAAAGGAUUGGGGUUUGCUUCAAAUGAAUUCCAAGAAUCCUUUGCUUAGGAAUGAAUUAAUGCUUCGCCGAAAGAUCAUUUACUACUUCUCAAUGGGAUUAAACCUUGUUCUCAGGCUAGCUUGGUUGCAAACUGUUCUGCAUUCAAGUUUUGGACAUGUGGACUACAGAGUAACAGGGCUAUUUUUAGCAGCCCUUGAAGUCAUUAGAAGAGGUUUAUGGAAUUUUUACAGGUUGGAGAAUGAGCAUCUAAAUAAUGCAGGGAAGUUUAGAGCAGUUAAAACAGUACCACUUCCUUUCCAUGAAGUGGAUGAAGAAGACUGAUGCCCCAUUGGCAACAGUUGCACAUAGAAUUGGAUUCAGUUUCUAGGGUGAUGGAAUGGUGUACUUAAUUUUCAGAACAAAAUGUUCCCAAAGAGGAACCUAAGUUUGUAGAGCUCAUUCAAUUUGAUGCAACAAGACAUCAUCAACGU